CAAUCAUGUGAUAUUAUUCAAUCAGUCAAAGUAAAAUGGCGGAUGGGGAGGAAAGAGCUCCUCUACUUCGGAGCAAUAAUACAGAGCCCCCACCGGUUUACAGUUCACAAGCACCACCCCCUGGUCAAGUGCCACCACCCAUCCUACCAGAUGAACUGCCACCACCGUACACCCCCACACCACAAGGGGGGAUCCCCAUGAUCAACUGUAAAGUCUGCCAGGCAUUGAUAAACGUGGAGGGAAAGCAGAACCAACAUGUUGUCAAAUGUUCUGUUUGCAAUGAAGCCACACCAAUCAAGGGACCACCUCCAGGUAAAAGGUACAUACGAUGCCCCUGUAAUUGUUUGCUGAUUUGUAAUAGUACGGCAGCCAGGAUAGCAUGUCCAAGACAAAGCUGCAAGAGAAUCAUUAACCUAGGGGGCCCUUCACAGGUUAUUGUUCGUAGCCCAGGAUCCGAGAGGUUUAUCUGUGCAUACUGUUCUCAGAUAUUUGUGUUCAGUACACUUGGAUGGAGCCAACUCUCACGCUGCCCACACUGCAGUAGAGUAUCCUCAUGUGACAGCGCAUAUACAAAAACUCGCUGUGUGAUAUACCUCAUUUUGGGGAUUAUUUUUCUUGGAGGUGGAAUUGGUGUAACGGUUGGAACCUACGAGAUUGCACGAGGUUCAGGAGGAAUCUACACUGUGUGGAUAGGGGCAUUUGUGAUUGGUAUCUUGUUUCUGAUAAGAGCCGCCUACAUUGGGUCAAUCAGGGUCAGCCAGAGAGCUCCUCCCCGCUAACAUCACAAUGGAAACAAAAAUGGCUGUCAGUGAUUCAACCAGAGACCAAAUUAUCUUUUCUCUCUCUCUUUUUAACCUGUAAAGAAAGACUAAUUAAAUGUAAAUUCAUGUAAUUAUCAGGUAUCUACCAGGUAAUUAUAAAUCUUUAUAUGUAUGUAUUUUUUAAAUGUAUUUUACUGCUUGUUACAUACAUACAGUUGAACUUCAAUAUCUUGAACACUGAUAUCUCGAAUAUAUGGAUAUGUCGAAGUGAUUUGGAAGUGCCAAUCGCUUAUUCCUUAAGUAUUUCACCCUUGAUAUCUUGAAUCCUCAGAUAUCUCAAAGUAUUUUCUCGGUCCCAUUGAGUUUGAGACAACGAGAUUUGACUGUAUUUAAAUUGAUAUUCUCUUUUAGACCUUUUCCAAAUGUACUUAAUACAUUCACUGAGACAACCUUUGGAGUGAUGGUACCAUAUUAAAAAGAAUUUUUUUCAAAUAUAUGUACUAGUCCAAAAACAAAUGGUGUUUUCUACUUAAUUGUAGUAAUAUUAGUAUAUAUCUUAAAAUUUUUUGUUAUACUUAAGAUUUUGUUGUCUUUUGUAGCAAAGACUGCGUAUCCUUAACAUUAUAUGCUAUCUUUGUAUUAUUGCUGCACAAACGUCAGUACUUAUCUGGAAAUUGUUAUACAGACCACCGAGCUAGGAGACUUUAUUGCAUGACUUACAAAAUCCUCAGUGACUGGAAAUGCACAUAUAAUAUUAUUUUAGCCAAAUAUGUAUGUUAGAUACCUGUGAUAUAGCUAUUUUUUGUUGUGUACUUUACAUUAAUAGCCGGUCCUGCGUAAGAGUUGUGUUUAGUUCAUUGUAUAUAAAUGAUCAGUUUGUAAUAAAUAUGAAUGAUUUUGUGCAACAUACUGCUGAAAUAUUCAUUUACAUGUAUAUCCAUAAUUAAACAAUCACUAAUAGGUUAUGUCCCUGAGUGACUAAAUGAGUAUGAGAAGAUUUUUUUAAUUUUUUUUUUUUUCAAAAUCUACUUGGCCUUUUACUUAAAAGAGGGAUAAUGUGAAUAUCAAAAUUGUAGUCUUGAGAAUGUUUUAAUGUGUCCAUGUUUGAAGAAAAAUGAACAUAAAGAUUUAAAUGUGUAAUCUUUUUGAAAAUAAACCAAUUCCUUCAAAUUGGAGGGAAAAAAAGAAAUAUCUGUGUAAUUGUGGUACUGAUGUUUGUUGUAUAAGUGCAUGUUUUAAUUUUCAACUCACCAAUAGUAUUCUGUAGACUACCAUAUUUACAUAUAUUCAUACUUGCCUCUUCAGCUAUAAUAUCGCAUUCCCUUAAAUAUAUUGUCCGUGUUACAGUGUUUUGGCUCAUGUUGGCUGUGAUGAUGUAAAUACAAAACCAAAUGUAACCCCACUCCUACCAUAAUCAGGACUAACCAAAGUAAACUUGUUAUACAUUGGAGUGAGAUUUCUCUCACAGGCAUAUAUAUGUAAUACAAAUUGUCUAUAAUGUCUGGUGCCUGAGGUUGCUAUAUAUUGUGCAGAGAUGAAUUACAAACUCUUUUUUCAGGCUAUUGUGCAGAUUUUGAUCAUCUUUUAGGUUGUUUGUGAACAUAUCUGGCUUUACAUACUGAUGGUAUGAAUAUCAACAUACCGAUGUUUUAAGUACAUUUCUGUACCGUAAAUCCUGUGGUAAAAUGUUUUUAUAUUAUGAUCAUGGUAAUCGCCAGUAACCUAAAAGACAAAAAAAAAAAAAAUGUUUAAUUUUAAUGUGCCAUAAAUGCUUACAAUAGCUUGAAAGUUAACUUUGGAGGCACCUAAAUAUAUGAUGCAUUUCAUUAUGGGUAAUUUUUUUUAAUUCUCUUUUCUUAUUAAAUUGUACAAUGGAUAUACAUUUUUUUUUUCCAAAGCUCAUUCAUAUGUUCAGUUAAUCUACUUAACUGUUAAUAAAGUGCGUAACGAAUUUGUAUCAAACUCACUUUUGGAAUAAAAAAUUGCAAUGAU